AUGAGCAACGGCAGGCAUUUGGCUAAAGGCUCACCCCCGCCGGAUGUGCCCGAGGAUGGUAUCCUGCGGCUGUACUCCAUGCGUUUCUGCCCUUUCGCCCAGCGCGUGCAUCUGGUGCUGGACGCCAAGCAGAUCCCGUAUCACAGCAUCUACAUCAACCUGACAGAGAAACCGGAGUGGCUGCUGGACAAGAAUCCGCAGGGCAAGGUGCCGGCUCUGGAGAUUGUGCGAGAGCCGGGACCUCCUGUGCUGACGGAGUCGCUUUUAAUCUGCGAGUAUCUGGACGAGCAGUAUCCCCUGCGUCCGCUCUAUCCACGCGAUCCGCUAAAAAAGGUGCAGGAUAAGCUACUGAUCGAGCGGUUUGGAGCCGUGCUGGGUGCCUUCUUCAAGGCCUCCGAUGGCGGCGAACUGGAGCCCUUCUGGAGCGGCCUGGACACCUACGAAAGGGAGCUGAGUCGCCGCGGCACUGAUUUCUUUGGCGGCGAGCAGACGGGCAUUCUGGACUACAUGAUUUGGCCCUGGUGUGAGCGUUUAGAGCUCCUCAAAUUGCAGCGAGGAAAGGACUAUAACUACGAUGAGGAGCGAUUCCCGCAGCUGACUCCUUGGCUGGAGCGCAUGAAGCGGGAUCCGGCUGUGAUGGCCUUCUACAUGGAGGCCGAGGUUCAAGCGGAGUUCCUUCGCACUCGCAGCUUGGGCCAGCCCAACUACAAUCUGCUGGUCAAGGAUGCCUGA